CCAAUUUGGCGGCCCCCUUGUUUACGCGCGGAAUAAGGUCUCCUUCAGGUGCCAUGACGUCACAGAAUGAGUGGAAACAACAAACAAAGUUUCAAACCAAGUCGCUGAGUCCUCGCAUUCCUCAUUUCCUCAACUCGAUGCCCACGUUUUCUUCUGAGGCAUUCAAUUGGGAAAUAUUUUGCAUAGCCUAUGGUCGAAACAUUUACAGCGUAGUUAAGAAACCUAUAGCACGCUUAUUUGUUUCAUGACGACGACUCACGCAGCUGUUGGGGAAAUGAGCAAGGCCGCAGAGGCGUGUGGCUGCUGCAGUCCUACUCCUGACCCCAGCGCGCCCACAGCAUCCCCAGGUCGAAGCGGUCCGAUCUGGGAUAAGGUAUCCCUCGUCUCGACCUCCCCUGCCCACGACGGGGCUCUCUUCGUUGGCCCUCCAGCGGCCCGCUACUCCGGGACAGGCGGCUUGACAGCCGUUGGGGUCGCCGCGGGGGACCACGACGUGGUGAAGCGGGGGUACAUGGGGAAGGCCGAGCUGCACCACAGACGUUACUUCGUCCUCAGUGCUGGGAGUCCCACCCGACCAGCUCUUUUAGAGUGGUAUGACACCGAGGAGAGGUUCAAGGAGAUAGAGAAGCACCCUGCAGCAGCAGGGAAAGCGCUGUUCGGCUGCCACAAGCGAAGAGUGAUUAAUCUUCGUUGCUGCCUCGGCGUGAGCAAAGUGUCGAGUACGAGUAAAGGCCACACGGUGGAGCUUUACGCAAAGGAUUACACUCUGGUUAUGGUGGCCGAAGACACAGGCCAGCAAGAAGACUGGUACUGGGCCGUGAAGAGAUUGAUCGAGGAGGAGCAGAGAUACGAAGAUGACACUGAGGAGAGGGGAGAGGGGGAAGACGAAGGAGGAGAACGUUUGGACGAUGAGGACGAUGGAUAUUGUACUCUUACUUCUGGUGUAUUUAAAGAGGUUUGGCUCGUCACCGUGAAGCCCAGGGGACUGGGUCGCACCAAGUCCCUCGCGGGGGAGAUGCGGCUCUGCCUCUCGGCCGACUCGCUCGUCCUGGUCAGAGGGCCGGCGGCCGGCUGGCCCCGGUUGCCGGGGGUGACGCUGCCCUUGCUCAGUGUGCGCCGCUACGGUCACCGCGAUGGGAUGUUCUUCCUGGAGCUGGGGCGCAGUGCUCCGUACGGGCCGGGGGAGGUGUGGAUGGAGGCCGUGGACCAAGCGGACCUGAGCUUGGCCCAGCAGGUCCACGAGGCGGUCCGAGAGGCGGUCCGGGCCCUCAGGGUCCUGCCGGACUUCAGGCUCUCCCCAGGGGCCUCGGACACCCAGACACCAAGAGUCCGGGGGGGGGCCUGCUCCCGAGACAAGGUCGGGCGAGAAGUCCCGCGUGCAGCGCCACCUCGGCACGCCCUCCCCGCCGCCGCCGCCGCCGAAACCGUCCAAUCACAGCUAGCGUCCGGCGCCUGUCCCUACGACGGCGGAUCUCUCGGUGGCUCGAGCGACGGUUCGAGUCCCUGUCUCCGGUCUCAUCUGAGCUCCGCCCACCAGGCCAGCGGUUACAUGGAGAUGGCUGUGGAGGCGGUGUCCAUGGCGACCGUCUCCUGCGGCACGUAUAUGACGAUGUCCCCCCAAGGUACCCGCCACACUCCGCACGGGGAGGACUACGUUGCCAUGGCGAGCCCGCGGCCGCCUCCACCCUGGACCAAUCUUUCGACCUGCAUGUCAGCCGUGAAGAUCAACAGAUUCAGCCCAGACGACCACCAAUCGUAUCCCCCGACAUUCUGCACUGGCCGACACGAUUGGUCGUUCCCGCCGUUCAGACGAAGGGAGCCGGAAGACCCCAGCCAAUCGGAGUUGCUGAAUCUUUCUCGUCACACAUCCCAGGGAGAGGAGGAGGAGCCUACUUGUCGUCCCGCCUCCAGACCGGUCCGGGCCGAUUUUGACCGGUAUGGUCUGGGGAGAUACAUGAUGUCAUCGUGUAUGCCAUCUUGUCUGAGGCAUGAAGAGGACGAAUGAGGAGCGAGGAACCGCUCCAAUGAUAGAGGCUUUAUUUUUGUAAAAAAGUUAUACGGAUACAGAGGAGACAACGUCUCGUUGGGAUUGGAUGGUUAAGGUAUAUGUAUUCACCUUCAUGUGGACAGCAGACCUUUAUAAUUUAUGCUAUUAAUAAUUAUAUAUGUUUUGGGUGAUUGUACGUUGUCUUUUUUGCAUUAGGUUUGUCACAAAGGUGAAUAAUGAAUAAAUGGGUGAAUAUC